CGUUUGGGGAGAGAGAGAGAGAGCAGAUUCCCUUGUCUUUAGUCAGUGGAGAGAGAUGUCUGCUUCUGAUGAUUCCUUCGUCAUACUCGGAGAUGACUCGUCCGAGUCCGCCCCAGUGAUCAGUUCCUUCGACGCCACCGAAAGCUUCUUCUCGGGCUACGACGACAGCUCCGUACCAGUGCAGAGCUCGGCCGAUGAUGUUUUUACGGCGCCGUCUCCAGACUAUGGUGGGUACUCGAACGGUGACGGAUUCUUUGGAUCCAACGGCGGAUCCGACGGUCCUGUUCUGCCACCGCCCUCGGAGAUGGAGUCGGAAGAGGGAUUCGCUAUCAGGGAAUGGAGAAGACAAAAUGCCACUAAACUCGAGGAGAAAGAGAAGAGGGAAAAGGAAAUGUUGAGCCAAAUCAUUGAAGAAGCGAAUCAAUACAAGGCCGAGUUCUAUAAGAAGAGAGAAGUUACCUGUGAAAACAACAAAGCCGACAACAGAGAGAAGGAAAAGCACCUUUUGGCGAGUCAAGAGAAGUUUUACGCAGAGGCAGACAAGAACUACUGGAAGGCGAUAGCCGAGCUCAUUCCAAAGGAGGUAGCCCAGAUAGAGAAGAGGAGAGGGAAGAAAGAUCAAGAGAAGAAGGCCUCCAUUGCUGUGAUCCAAGGUCCAAAGCCUGGUAAGCCGACAGAUCUUGCAAGAAUGAGACAAAUAGUUGUGAAACUGAAGCAGAAUCCUCCUCCACACUUGAGAUUGACCUCACAACCAGCACCAGAGGCUUCUGCAACUGCCAAGAAUGUCCCAGAACUCAAGUCUAUUGAGGCCAUUGUUGCUGCUUAAUGGGCUUUCUUCUUGUUUCUUGCAUUUCUCUACAAUGUCGUGUUUUUUUUUUUCAUUUGUUUGUCUUCUUCCUAUCAUGUGCCAUUGAUUUGAUCUCGUGGUUAAACUUUUGAGAGGUCGUUUUUAUGUAUGUUAUGAUUGUUAAUUAUAUACAUUUUUAUUUUUCGAGUGCCUU